GCUUCACCUAUAAUUCAAGCUGCAAAACUACACCAGAACAUCUGACGUAUCGCAGGAAACAUAAAUGUGAUUAUCGAACACCAGUCCUGGGAAGAAGGUUCUUCAAGUUAUCAGCUCUUCCUGGGAAUCACACUCACGUAGCCUCCAAUGUUCUCACCGCUUCUCGUUCGAAGUCACCCGAGAACUAUUAAGUGAUUCCCAGCUUGCUUAACUACCAUGGCGUCACCACCACUGGCCUUUCAACUUCACGGGGAUGUUGCGAUAGUUUCUGGCGCCGGUUCACAGUUGUCGGGUGAAAUCGGGAACGGACGAGCAACAGCCAUCGUUCUAGCCCGUCAGGGAGCGAAAGUGGCAUUACUCGACAACAACCUCGAAGCCGCAAAAGAGACCAAGAAACUGAUCGACGCAGAAGGCGGCAUAUCCGAAGCGAUCCAAUGCGACGUUACAGACGAGGCCUCUUGCAAAGCCGCAGUUGAAAAGACUGUUGAACUGUUUGGUGCAGUUCAUAUUCUAGUGAACGUCGUAGGUAUAUUCGGCGGGCGUGGAAACGCUGUGGAUCUCGAUUUGGAAGAGUGGGAUCGGGGAAUGAGGACAAAUGUGACAAGCAUGGUUCUCAUGUCCCGUUUUGCAAUCCCUGAAAUGAGGAAGCAAAAACGAGGAGCGAUAGUUAAUUUCUCCAGUGUUAGUGGACUCAUCGGAGGCAAUCCAGGACUCUUGUACACGACGAGUAAGGGCGCAGUUGUACAAUUGACUCGAGCUAUGGCAGCUCAUCAUGGGCCUGAGCAAAUUCGGUGGAUUUCCUCGUUUCACCCACCAUCGAAUAAAACAUGACCAUACCUAACUAUAGAGUCAAUUGUGUGGCUCCUGGGAUGGUCUAUACUCCAAUGGUUCGGGGACACGAAGGAAUGCCCGACGAGAUUCGUCAAGCACGAAUAAAUCAGAGUUUGCUCAAGAUCGAAGGGACAGCGUGGGAUAUCGCGCAUGCGAUUCUGUAUCUUGCCAGCCGUGAAGCAAGAUACAUCACAGGCGUUAUACUCCCCGUCGAUGGUGGAACGAUGGCCGGAAACAACUCUCGACCGAAGAUUCCGCGUGAAAUCUAAUAACGAUUGUGAUUAUUCUUGCAAUACCAUCCGAGUCAUAAAUGAUUUGGAGAAUGUACUUUUUACUUGAUGGAACCAGGUGCUACAUAGGGCGAAUGAUUAUGACAUGAGCUAAUUUAUUGAUAGUACAAGGUAACCGUAACCCCCCCCCUCAAACAGAUGUACCUCUAUUACCCAGUCCAACAUGAAUAUCGUCGUGGGUGUAAUCGUCCGCAAUAACUGUAUCAAAAACAAUACCCGUUGUCGUGCUAUCAGCAGAUUCCAUAUCAUGUUCAAACGAGAU